ACGAGUCCGGCUGACAUUGAGAUCCACUGGCACAAUCGCCACGCCCCCGCCAUCGCAAUCCCCAUCCAUGCCCAAUCGAUCCCUUACUGACGGCUUCGCCUCUUCAUUUCGCCGCUUUCAUCGCAAAAGGAUCCCGCAUCGAUGGCUACUCGGUGACCCUGGUUUCGCAGAAAUCAGUCUGCGGGGACGCCGUCGAAUCGGAAUCCCGUAGAUGACCGAUCUCGCGAUCGAUUUUGUUUCUAGCAAUAGGGAUAGGAGCCCAGCGCGCUUCUUCUCAUGGGCAUGGACAUCUCGAGGUAUAACCACUGCGAAGUGCACACCAAUGAGGUUAAAGCGUAUAAGGUUCAGGAUGGGAUGCUGCCUACGGUGAGCAGCGACAGUGGGGCGGAUCAGCAGGGUGGCGACGUCGCGGGGCGGAUGGAGUUCUGGCCCCCGGGGGUGGGUGUCGCGGACCAUGCAAACAAACAUUGCGUGGAGGGCGGAAUCGACCUGUGUGGAUCUGUGAUUCAUGGUAACGACGCGCUGGAUCAGAUGUUGCAGUUUCCGAAGGCGGGCGACGUGCGGAGUUGGAGAGAUCUGACGGGCGCCAGUCGCACCAACUCUGAGAGCAAAGCAUUUCGCAGGGGAGUGAUUGGUGGAAGAUUGGGUCAUCACAUGAGCUGCCCCUGCGAUUCUGCUAUGAUGAACGAUUUCAAAGGUUCGUCGUAUCUUCUUGGGAAAAGCUUCAGAAUUGGCGUGGGGGAGAGUGAAGAUGUCGACGGAUCCGUUGAAGGCCGACAGGGCGAGGCUGGUCUUGGUAGGUGGGAGGAGGCAGCAACCUCGCAGAAUGAAGGCGACCCUCAUGCACAAUUCAAUGUUGUGCAGGAAGAGGAGUUAUCUAACCGAGUGAACGAUCUUUGCAGUCAGGGGGACCGUAGUAAUGAGCACCGGUUGCAGGAAUUCAGCCGGGAUAUGAUCGACGAGUGCAACAUGGUGGGGAUCGACUUGCGGCGGAGAAAUCACCCGGAGGAUCUGGAUGGACUGGAUUUGAGGGAGGCAGGCCUCAAAGGAGUCUCACGUGAUUGCGACCCUUACGCACAGUGCCAGAAGAACACCUGUGUUGCUCGUGGACCUUCUUCAGUUGAUCGGUUUACAAAAUUUCUAUCGUCAGGGAAAGACGAAAAGCUUGCACUCACAUGUCCCCCAUGUGGAUGUCAUAGAAAUUUUCACCAACGCGUGGUGGAUGCUUGUGAAGAGGGGGAAGAAGAGGAGCUCACGGUGAAAGCCAAGAGAGAGAAGCUGAAUUCUGGCAACUACUUCUCAUCCUUCGUCGACCACUGCAACAUUGACCGUGUUGCGCAUGAGCUUAUGGCUGUAGCAAACGAAGCUCUCGCCCUCGCUCAAGACUCGAUUUGCCACGGCGAAGGACGAGGACUCCCAGAAAACGGCGUUUACUCUGUUGAAGAGCACACGAUCAUUGCCAAAAUCUCGCUCGAGAAUCUCGACCACAUUACCAAGGUGAUAAGCUCCACCACUGAAUGUUUGACGCUGCUACGAAAGCGGAAGUCGGUAAAUCCUCGAGACAAGGAUGUGAACAAAUCGAAGUCAUGUCCUCAUGAAGGCGGGCCUUUCUCCACGGACGCGAGCCCCGUGAUCACUGUGGAGAAUGGGGCCAUCUCAUUACUGGUUCCACCUUCGCCGGGGCGCCAGUUCCGUGAAGAUGCCAUCGGAGGCUCGCCGACUUUGAUCAUCUCGGAAUCAUGCGGCAUUCGCAAUUGCAAUCUCGGCAUGCCAAGGAAGCUGCCGUUGGAGCGAGUCAGCCACAAAUUGAAGAGGACAAGAACGCGUAUCAGCUUGGAGCAACGGGAGAAGCUGAAUGCGUUUGCCGAGAAGGCUGGAUGGACUGUCGUUGGCCAACGCAAGGAAACCAUCGACGCUACAUGCCAGUACAUAGGCAUUGAGCCGAAGACAUUGAAAUAUUGGAUACACAAUAGCAAGCAGAAGUGGAAAAGGCAGCCUAGCUUGUCUGAAGACCCAAGCAAAUGAGGCAACAAUGGAUUCUAUUCUUCACUAGUUGUUUUCUUCAAAUUUUUUUACAUUGCAACAAUUCUAAUAAGUCUAUGGAGAUCAUUGUUGGGCCCAAAUACGCUUCCUGAUCCAAAAAAAAA